AUGGGUAUUAAACAAGCAUGGGAGGAGAAGGUCCUAGUACACAUUGUGCCACCGAAAACAGUUGAGGAUGAAGAAAGCAAAGAGAGCUACUUUAUUCCUGGUGCCUUGGUUACCACCUUAUUCUUUCUAUGGGGCUUCAGCUAUGGUCUACUAGACACGCUCAAUAAACAUUUCCAAAAUGUGCUGGGCAUCACAACGACGGAAACGACGUAUAUGCAGGUGGCCUACUUUGGUGCGUACUUUGUGACAAGUCCAAUUGCAGGAAUGAUUUUGAAGCGGAUUGGCUACAAAAAGACAAUCAUUUUGGGUCUUCUUCUUUAUGUCUUGGGCGCUUUAUGCUUUUACCCGUCUGCAACCAACCGAGUCUAUGGAGGCUUCGUAGGCUCCCUUUUUACAAUCGCAUGUGGCCUGGCGAUGCUUGAAAACUGUGCCAACACGUACAUUAACAUUAUCGGAUCGCGGCGAUGGGCUGCAUUGCGUAUCAAUAUCUCUCAAGGCUUCAACGGCAUUGGCACGACUAUUUCACCUGUUAUUGCGUCGUAUGCCUUUUUUGGUGGUAACGACGCCGAGACGGGCAACCUUGAUUCAGUCAAAUGGACCUAUGUAGGAGUGGGAUGUGCUGUCUUUGUUAUUGCGAUUAUCUUUUGCUUUGCUCGUAUUCCAGAAUUUGAUGAAGAAGCUCAAAUGGCAGCCGAAGCCGAUGCAACAGGCGAGAAUGUGCGACGUGCAUCCAUGCUAUCUCCUCACUUGUGGUUCGGUGCCAUUACUCAAUUCGUUUACACUGGCAACCAAGUCGGCAUCGCAUCCAUGUUUAUCUAUUAUGGAACCAUCGUAGGCGGAUACGACGACAAAUUUUCUUCACAGCUAUUAGCAUUGGCACAAAUGUGCUUCACCAUUGGUCGAUUUGUGGGUGCAGGAUUUAUGCGAUGGUUCAAACCAGCCCAUAUGCUCGUCUUCUUUUCGUUUGCAGCCAUCGUAUCCACCAUCUGUGCCAUUGCCGUCGACACGCCACAGGCCACUUAUACUUUGCUUGUCAUCUUAUUCUUUGAAAGUAUCAUGUUUCCCACCAACUUUUCAUUGGCUACCAAGGAUCUCGGUCGCAAUUACAAAUAUGGAGCUCCAAUCGUCAUUAUGGGUGUCGCUGGAGGUGCUCUAUUUCCUCCCCUUAUGGCAUUACUCAAGGAUCAUCGAAGCAUUCAUCUUUCCUUUAUUUUGCCUCUUAUUGGAUUUGUCAUGGAAUUUGUCUAUGGCAUGUGGGUUCACAAAUGGAUCAGAUAUGUCGAGGAGGAUCCUGCAGAUAUCGACCCUGAAAAGGAAACCACAAGCAAUAGUGCGGAGAAACGCUCAUCAGUGGUGGAGGAACAACAAGAACGGGUCUCUAUCCAAGAUACCCCGCAAGAAGUCAAAUGA